AAUGCACACGCUCCCCUCCGUUAAACCCCCGCACCACCUCCUAUCUGGCAGGCACGGCUAUCCCUCUCCCCUUCCGCGUCGCACCAACAGAAAGGGGGAGAGGGGGGCAGAAAAAGGAAAAAAACUCGCCGCCGCCGCCGCCGCCGCCGCAAUGCAGCGCCUCUCCCUGGGCUCGCCGGCCGGAAGGCCCUCCCGCGUGAGCGCGGCAGGCGAGGAGGAGGCGGGGCCGGCGGACGAGAAGGCGGCGAAGGCGGUGGCUAGGGGCCCGGCGGCGCCGGACCGGGCCAUCCACCUGGUCCCCGUCCUCACGCUGCUCUGCUUCCUCGUCCUCUUCCUCCUCUCCCACGACCCCUCCGCCGCCGCCCUCACCGAUUCGACCGUGCUGGCCGCGGCCGCCACCGCCACCGCACGCUCCCUCGACGCCGCCACCGCAGGAGCAGCCGACGCGACGACGGCGUCCAGUGGCGUGUACCGGCGGCUGAAGCAGUCCCGCGUGCGGAGGCUGGGGAUGGCGCGGCGGAGGCUGUGACGCCAGCGCAGGAGACGCGAAGCUAGCCGUUGGGCGCCGAUGACGCAGCGGAGGAGGAGCUUCUUUUGCCUUUUUGUGCCACUCAUUUUUCUUUUCUUGUCUGGUUCGCUUUUUCCGGCGGCACUGAAAAGUGAGAAUGGUAGCGCAGGCUUCGUCGUCCCGUGGGGUUCUAGGGAUUCAAGCCCGAGAGGGGGGAAAAAAAGAGAAAUGGUUUGCACAAAUCAUCGCCAGAAUCAUAUGUUCAUACUACGCCUUUGUUUUUUGUUUUUCUUUUGAAAGGUUCCUCUGGUGCUGCCGAUUCUUUUUUUCUCUCUCUCUUUGGGCCAGGAAGUGCUGCUGAUCUGAUCACUCGGCCCUCUGGAUAGGGAUUGGGACGGAAAUAGAUUUGAGUCGAGCCGUCCAAUUACUAUCAGAGAACGUCAUUUUCCAUCCAUAA